AUUUAAUUAAACUUGCGUUAAAAUUAGAAACAAAAAAAGCACUCAUACUUUUUAAUGAACGAUCCAUUAAUAAAAAAUUCAAGUGGGAGCUAUAAUAAAGUUUCUUCUGACCUAAAGCAUUCCUUUCAGAUGCCUUCACAGUCUCAGAUUUAAAAAUAUUUACAAUACAAAGAAAAAGAAAUUCAAUAAUUCUAGCUAACUGAAUCACCAUAAAAUUAAAAACAAUAAAGGAUUAACGAAGAUAAAAAUGGAAUUGAUGAUUCAUUUGAAUAUAGAAGCUUGAUGCCUAGUUAGGAUUUCUUUUUUUCAAAUAGCAAAAAAAGCACUGAAAUGAAAGAUAAGUCAAAGGUUUCAAUAGAUUAAUAAAAUUCCUCUCUGUUUAACAAUUUACAAGAUCAAUAGCUCAGUGAUCUUAAAGCAAAAUACAAAGUGAAUACAAAUGAAUUCACAGCUGGAUAAAAUCACAUAAAUAAUGAUAAAAAUGAAAUUCAAGAGCAUUAGUUUUCAGCAAAUAAAAAUAGAAACACUGAAAAAGUGUAUGAUACAUAUAUCGAUGGAAAUAAUUAUUAUUCUACAGCUAACUAAAAUAAUCCGUUUUAUCUCAAUGAAAAAUCUGCGUAUUAAGAAUCAAGCUAAGAUCCUACUUUAUCUUCUGCUGGAGUAGAUUACUAUUUUAAGAAUGGUAUUAUCAAAAAAGAAAAUAUCGACGAUCAUUCUUUAAAAUAAAAUCAUCCCACCUUCUUGACAAAUACACCUACAAAAGAUAGUUCCAGAUUUUUAAGAUCAAAUUCUGACUACUAACGUUCUUAUUCCAAUAAUUUGAUAGACGAUGAAAACAGAUAUCUUAAAAAUAGGUCUUCGUCUUAUUCUAAAUAUAACUUUAGUGGAACAAAAAACAUUUCUUUGCAUCAAAGCAAAGUAAAUGAUCAAACUAAUAAUUACAAUAAUAAUGAAUUCUUAAAUGCUAAUGCUGUUCCUAUUUAAUAAUAAGCUAGUUUUAGAAAUCUUACAGAUUUUUAUAGUGUAUAGCUACCAGAAAAUAAUUAUCCACAUUCUAUAGCAAAUAGUCUUACUUAUUCUGCUUCAUAAGAAAAAAAAUAUCCUCACUUUAAUUAUAGCUCCAAAUCUCAUUAUAAUCUUAAUAAUAAAGAUCAGAUCAAUAAUAUUGCUCAGAGUUAGUUUUAGAGAUAACCUUUUUCUUUUGAAUAUAAAUAAGGUGAUAACUUAACAAAUAGUGUUGCUUUAAAAUAACUGGACAUAUAGAAAGAUUCAUCUAACUUAUUAAAUGAAAUGAAAGUAAAAUAAUAGAAUCAUGAAAAAAAGCUUUAAGAUAUUUUAAGAGAUUCUUAUGAUCUACACCAUAAACAAACAGAAGAGUAUUAUCUUAAGAAGUAACAAAAGGAUUUUGAAAUAUAAAAAUAGUACUAAGAACUACAAAAAUUUGGGUAAUCAACUUCCCACUUCAAUUAAAAUUCACAUUAUGAUCCAAUUCCAGACAUAAGUGAAAUUAAAGACUUGAAUCACUCAAAUAUGUCAGGAUUUAUGAAUAGAGAUUCUUAUGACCCAUACACUCCAAAUUCUUCAGCUUACAAAAACCAGCUCAAAAAUAUGCAAAAGCAGCAUUAAUCUGAGCACCCUAGUUUUUUGAAAAGCAGCUUUGUCAAAGAGAAUAAUUAUAAUUCAUUGCAUGAAAACUAGUAGAGUGGGCAUAAAUAAUUUAACAUCAAAGGCCAUAAUAGUUAUAUUUUAGAGGUAGACGAUUCCUUUUAAACUAAAAAUAAUUAAACGUAUUAGUAAAAAGAAAAUGAAAAAUAAUUAGAAGAGAUAUAUAGCUUAAAAAAAUAGUUAAAAGAUGACGAAACAGAAAGAUUAAACUAGAAAAGAAUCCAACAAGAAUAGUAAAAAAGGAUAGAAUUUUUGGAAAAAGAAAUUUCAAACUUAAAUCUUAAACUAAAAGAAGCUCUUUAAGCAAAAGAUCUAAGCAAAAGGAGCAAUUACAAUAGUAAUGGUUAUAUUAAUAGCAAUAAUAUAAGCGAUAACAAUUCUUCAAAAACUACACCCCAUAGUUAACCAGGCAUGAGAUCCUCGAAAUCAGAAUCUAAACCUAAUAAUAACCCUCUUAAAAUAGUAAAUAACUUUGAAUUAAACUCUCCUCAUAACUUAGGCAGCGGAAUGACUUUUAACUCAGAAUAAAAAUUUAGAUUUAAAGUGAUUGAGCUCCUUUAAGUUGAAAAUGACGAGGAAAUUUUAUAAAAAAUAAAACACUUAGUGCAAUAUAAAAAAUAAAACGAAAGCUUUACAAAAUGUGUUGUAGAUACAAUGGAGCAAUUAGCUCCAGAAGGAUAUUUUAAGAACAAAAAGCCUACAAUAGCUCAAUCUUGGAAAUAUAUGAAACAUAUUAUGCAGUAAUAUAUUAAUUUAACCCUAGAAAAGAAGAAACUUAAAUAGCUGGCUAAAUAAUUAAGUGAAGUUAUAGCAAAGGGCUUAGAUGCUGAUAGCUAAGAUCUGUAGAAUUCAAUUAGAAAUAUAUUAAUAUUAUGA